AUGGAGCGAUGGAGAGGUAAAAUAGCACUAGUGACUGGUGCCUCGGCUGGUAUUGGAGCUGACGUUGCUGCUCGCCUGGUCGGCCAUGGCAUGGUGGUGUACGGCUGUGCGCGAGGUGUGGAUCGCAUCGAGCAGGCCGCCCUGAAGCUGAAGGAUGCUCCUGGGCGGCUGAUCGCCGUGCAGUGCGACUUGCUCAAAGAUGACGAGGUGCUCCGGAUGUUUGAACGGAUUCAGGCCGAGCAGGGUACGCUCCACCUGUGUGUGAACAAUGCCGGCAUGGCGCGCAAGUCGACGAUCCUGGACGGAUCGCGCGACCAAUGGCGGGAGGUGUUUGAAGUGAACGUCCUAGCCGUACGCCAGUGCACGCAGGAAGCUGUCAAGCUCAUGAAGCAGGGCAAGGUCGAAAACGGGCAAAUUGUCACCCUCAACAGCAUGAGCGGCCACAGGUCGACCAGCAACCGAGAGCUGGCAUCGUAUCAGAUGGCCAAACACGCCGUGACGCUCAUGACUGAACUGACCAGGCGUGAACUGCGCGAUCUGGGCGGCUUCAUUCGCAUUGGCCAAAUCUCGCCCGGCAUGGUUGAAACUGAGUUUGAGGCGCGAUGCAGUGGUGACCCGCAGGCAGCCAAAGAGAAAUAUGCCUCGCUCGAGACUAUUCUACAUGCUGAGGAUAUCACUGAUGCACUGAUUCACAUGAUUGGCGCUCCGGAACACGUGGAAAUUCACGACGUCCUCAUGCGCCCAACUACUCAGAAGUUCUGA